AUGGGGAAUGAGGUCGCGCCUCAGGGCCUCGAGGCCUCUGCGCCGAACACUCUGCUCAGGAGCCACGACAAACUCCUGGCAGGCGAUCGCCGCAACCACCAAACGCCCGCCGACAGCGGCCGCGAGCGAGCGGAGGCCGGCCUCGCAGGGCUGCACCAGCUCCUCGCCCGCCGGAAUAAACAUUCGGGGGCCUCUUCGUCUGCGUGCGCGGCUGAGCUGCCCGCCGCUGUGGCCGUGCUGCGUGACCGGUUUCCGCUGCUUCUCUUUGAUUCUUCCGAGCAUUUGAUCCCUUUGGAGGCUGCGGUUGCGUCUUCCGCGUUGCCUUCGUCCUCUGGAGAGGCAACCCCCGAGGAGGCCGGGCGCAGUCCGCUGCUGUCGCUGCUCUCCUUCCAGCGCGGAGGGGCGCGCGUUCGGUCCUCAGAGACGCUCUGCGACGUCUCCACGUAUGACGUCGCGCUCCUCAAAGACGCCUCCUCCGCGGCCGUGGCUGCAGAGGGAGGCAAAGAGGGCGCGGAAGACCUCCUCGCGUGGCCUCCGCAGUUCGCCCCGUUCCUGCCACCCGGCCGCGCAAUCGAAGCCAAUCCUACCUUCGUCGCGUAUGGCGUCCGCGGCGGCGUGCGCGUGAUGCCCAUCGUCGGGAGCUCAGACACAGGGAUCGAGGAAACGUUCAAGGCGUCUCUGUACGUUCCGCCGUCGCCGCCCGCGGGACCGCCCUCGCCAAAGCCCGCAGCUGUCUCUGUCUCCCUGUACCAGGGGCGGAAGCCUCAGUUCUUGCUGGUCGCGGACUCGAACAACCUCGUCUCGGUCUUCAAGCUCUCCCCGCCGUCGGCCGCUGCGCCCGCCAAGCACGCGGGCGGCGCGGCGGCGUUUCUACUGCUGCAGCUCCCGCAGGCCUCCGAGCCCGAGGGGCCUUGUCUCUUCACUGCGCCCGUGCUGGGCUCCACCGGGCGCGCCUCCUCAAUCUUCGUCGCCUGGGUGCCGCCGGUGCGCGCCGGCGAGGCCGAGGUGGCCUGCUCGGCGGGCGCAGGGACGGCGUCGUCGUUCGCAGACGCCGGCGACGUCUACUUUGUGACUGUUCAAAGGCACCAAGUGACUCUCUGGAGUCUCCCCGUCCUCAGGAGCUACUGCAUAUCGCAAAACAUCAAACCCGAAGAGCAACCCCUUGUGGUGGACGAGUCUGUCUUGAGCUGCUGCGCAUGCGUCCUUCCUCUGCGCGAGGCGCUGGCCUCGGCGUCGGUGGAUCAGGCCCGAGGCGCUCCCGCGGCCUCAACCACUUCGCCCUUUGACACGUUUUCGCUGUCGACUCCACUCGCUGCCGGCAAAGCAGCUGCGUCGCCCUUCGCCUCCGCGCCGUUCCUUCCGCUCGGUGGCGCCGGGCAGCCGCCAGCCUUUUUCGCGCACCCGCAGAAACCCACCAGCGCAGACGCGAUCUCCGUGAACGGCGUCUCCUUUUGCCCCGUCUCGCGCUCAAUCCUGGUCGCCUUCAACGACAAAUGCGUCGCUGCCUGGCGGAUCGAGCCCACACACAACAGAGUUCCGCGGGUCAGCUUGGUCGCCGCGCAGUUCCUUCCGGCGCCGCCGAUUCCCCCGUCGAUGAGGGAAGUCGCUAGUUCGCUCCUCGGCGCCGAGCUUCCUUUGUCGCUGUCGCCAGAGGACACGCCCUCGCGCGCCUCUUCCUCUGAGUCCAGCGGCGAGGCCGUGGCUUCUGGCCUCUUCUUCGGGCUCGCUGUGGGCGGCGCUGCUGCGGAGGCCAGGGAGAAGAAGGCUGAGUUCAAUCCGUUUGACGCGUUUCUACUCAAGGCGAUCGCCCCGUCUUCGGCCUCCUCGUCUUCAGGCUCCGUCCCGAGCGACCUCGAGGGCGCGGGGCUGCUGUCGCGGCGCUCGCCCGGCGCAGCGGAGGAGGGCGCCGCGACGACGGCGCCCUCCUCCGUGUGUGAGACGGUAAGCGCGCGUGGCGGCCGCGAGUUCCUCGCCAGUCUCUCCGGAAUCACCUCCAUCAACGUGCUCUACGCCGCCGCGUCCUCGACAGACGCGCAGGAAACGGUCCUCGCGGGAGAAGACGGCGAGGCGCGCGCGGAGUCUCGCGCCCGGGCGGGCAGCUUGGCGCCGUUCCUUCUCGUGGGCACCGCCAACAAUUGCUGUCUCCGAGCCUUUCCGCUCUUUCUGCGCGGCGGCGCCGCGGGCGAAGCGGCUGCUAGCUCGCCGCCCCGCCUUCUCGGCCCCGCCGCGCAGACUCUCCUCCUCGACGCCGCCGCGCCGUCCGCCGUCGCGGCUGUCUGCGGAAAGACGACCGAGCUGCCCUGGGCGUUCGUGCACGCCGACGGCGCGCGGCGCUCUGUCGUGUGGGGUGUCGCGGGCUGCGGCGAGCCCGCGGCGAAGGGCGACCGCGUGGAGGCGCAGGAGGAGGACGCGGCCGCGGAGAGGCGCGCGAGUGUGGACUCCUUCGUCUUCGUGUUUGAAGUCAACCAGCACAUGCGCGGCGGCGACGAGGCGCCGGAGGGCGACGCAGCAGCGCGCGAGGAGAACGCGGGAGACGCCGAAGGGGCUGUCCAGGACGCCCGCGAGAAGAGGGCGCGAGACGCGCUCCUGAGGCGCGCCUCGCGGCUGCCUCUCCCCGCGCUGCUGGUCCUGCCGUCGGCGUCCCGCAUCAAGAAUAUCUCUUCCGUCUUCUCGCUGUACGCGCCGGCCGCAGCCGCGUCUGUGCGGUCUGCCGCGGGCGACGCCGACACGCUCGACUCCCUCGGCGCCGGCGAAGUGGCGCUCUACAGCUUCUUCGUGAAGGCGGCGGAUCGCGACGGCGGAAAAGGACAGAAAUACGACUUGAUUCAGGGGCAGUCCCACCGCACCCUCCAGCAGCUGUACAGACAGCCCGACCUCCAGUGGAUGCUUCUUCAGCCGUCGCCGGCCUCUCCGCGCGCGACCGCGGCGGGCGAGGAGGAGAACGCGAGCGCAGAGAACGCUGCGGCGGAGCUGGUUUCUCCAGCGGAGGUGUACGCGGCGCCUGCGGCCCUUCUGGGUGAGGCUUCUUCCGAGGACUGCGGGAAAGACGGCGAGAAGCAGGAGGGCGCCGCGACCGCGCCGACGGCCUCGCCUGCGCCGGCGGAAGACUCCCCGCUGCCCGCGUCGCGCGAGGCUGCGUCGCGCGACAUGCUCAUGCGGCUGCUUGGGAAGACGCCGCUGCCGCAUCUCUCCACAGCCGCGCCCACGCUCGCGUCCUCUUCGCUCGCCUCAGAGGCGCCCUUCGCUGCGCCGGCAUUGGCCGUCGAGCGCGGCGCGGAGGCGCGAGAGGAGCUUCAGGGCGACGCAGAGCGCGACGUGUGCGAGGAGGAGAAAGCGAGCCUGGACGCGCGGGCGGCAGACGGCGACGCCGGCGCGAAAAAAGAAGAGAUCGCGUGCUCCGCGGAGGACGCAGAAGCCCCGCAGGAAGGCAGCACGCCGGCGGAUGGCGCUGGCGCUGCGGUCUCGGCAGGGGGGAAGAAGAAGAAGGCGCAGGCUGCCUCGGCUGUGGUGCCGCCUCCCAGUGCGGCCGCGCCGGCAGAAGAGAGAGCAGGGGCCAAGGCUGGGGCUGAGGCAGGGGACGACGCGCCUGCGAAGGCCUCUGCGAAGGCGGACGGCAAGCGGAGGACUCGAGAGGCAGCAAAAGGCGAGCGCGCGCACGAGGACAAAAGGAGCGCGGGCGCCGCGCGGGCGCCAUCGGGAAAGAUCGAGGCGGACGGCCGCGAGACUGCGAAGAAACGGCACAGAGCCGCCGAAAACAGCCAGGAGGAGCCGAUAGAGAUCAAGGCCUCUGCGUCCCUCGAAACGUCUGUGCGCGAACUCAUUGGGCUCCUGCGCAGCGGCCACGCCCUUCUUCCCGAUGUCGAGACCGGGGUACAAGGCGAUAGCGAGAAGCUGGGGAGCGCCGCCGCGUCGCCGUCGCCGCCGGGGCCUGCAACGAGCCUUGACCGGGCGAGCGGCCGAGACGCAGUGGAGAGGGCGGUGGAGGACUCGCUGAGCCGCUCGUUUCAAACACUUCAAGAAACCUUUUUUGCGAAGGCGCUCAGUUCUCUGGGCGAGGAGGUCUCGUUGCGUGUCGCCGCCUCUCUGCGGGCGUCGGGCCUUUCCGCCGCCGAGGAGAAGCUGAACCGAGCGAACGACGGAGCAAAGGCGGAGGAGCCCGACGCUGAGAAGCAGCACACGAGCAAGGCGGACGCGAAGGAGCGUGAGAGGCAAAAGGACAUGCUGAAGGCAGUCCUCGCGCCAGUCGUCAGCACUGAACUCGGCGCCCUCUUCGCUCAGCACGUCGUCCCCGGCCUCAAAGAGGCGGUGCGCGCCGGCCUCGCCGACGUCAAGGCUGUCAUCGCCGCCGAACUGGCGGAGUUUCGGCGGCAGUCUGCUCAGGAGGUCGCGGCCAUCGACCGCAGCGUGCAGCAGACGCAAGGCAAUCUGCAGCAGCUGGCGACGAAGCUGCAACGGCAACUGGAGAGCCAGGCGCCGCUGCAGAGACAAAACAGCCUGAGCGCCCAAAGCCUCGACGCCGUGAAGCACCAACUCGACGCCCUCGAAGAGAGCCUGAAGGCGCAGUCCGACGCGGUCGCGCAGUCGAUGGAGGGCGUCUCGCAGACUUUGGCGGCCAUCCGGCGGCAUCAGACGCAGUACCAGACGCAGAUGGCGCAGCAGUUUCAGCAGCAGCAGCGAGAGCUGCAGGCUCAGAAGCAAAAGAUGGAGCAGGUGUUUCAGUCCUUCCGGCAGCUGCGUCUCGAUUUCUGCGCGGAUCUGACCAAAACCGAGCAGACUCUCACCGAGCGCUCCGAGGCCCUGGCGGCCUCCGCCGCCUCUGCAGCGGUCUCCGCCGCCUCUGCAGCGGUCUCCGCCGCGUUGGGCGCCAACGCUAACGCCGCGACCACACCCGCGGCGGCUGCCGGGGGCCCCGAGGGGCCUGGGGGCCGCGGCGGAGACGCAGGCGGCCGCGGAGACUCUGCGGGAGGCGACAUGGGCGGGGCCGCGAGCGGCGGCAACCGCGAAGAGAGUGAAGAGGAGAAGCUGAAGAAGAGACUGGUGCACUGCCUGCAAGCGCAGAACUUCGAAGAGGCCUUCUCGCUGGCGAUCGCCGCAGACCUUCAGCAGUCGACCGGCGGCUCCUGGCUCCUCUCCGUGUGUUCCUACUUCUAUCCUUCGCAGUUCUUCGAGCGAGAGCCGCUGCCCCUUAGCCAGGCGGCCCUUCUGGGUACAGUCAAGAUUUUAUCUGAAGGCCUCAAGGAAGACCUCGCGGCACGCAAGCGCGCCGCCGUCGAACAGAGAGCGGAGUGGAUCUCCGAGGCGCUCUUUCAGAUUGAUGGACCCAUGCCGCAGAUCGGCCGAUCUGACUUUCUCGACCUGGUGGAAGAGUUCAGGACGAACUUGACCUGGGCUCAGCAACACAUGAAGGCAGGCGGUAGCCGCGAGCGUUUCAGCCAGGCUGCAGAGGAGGGACUUGCGCUUUCGCUAAAACAGCUGAAAAGGUGCGUCUGCAUGUUCCCUCGCUCAGUUUGUGAGCUGGCGGGCGCGGGGGGGAGGGGGAGGGGCAAGUACCUAUCGUCUCACAGUAUAAGCAGCUAA